AUGUCUGCAAGUACUCGGCCGUCGUUUGUCUUCAGAAAGCAGCUGUUCAACAUAUCCAACCGACUCACCAACGCCGACGUGAAGAACCUCAAGUUCUUGUGCACCGACUUACUCACGAGGCGGGUCGUGGAGGGUAUCACCACGGGUUCCCAACUGUUCUCGGCCCUGGAGGACGUCAAUCUCCUCUCUCCCACCAACCUGGACUUCUUGCAGAUGAUCUUGGACUCCGUGAGCAAAGGCCACCUCGUCAAACAACUGAAAGAAGCCAUCGCCAACCCGGCCAGCCACGAGAACGGGGGUUUAUACGAGACCGCCACGAGCGGACCCCCGUCUCUCGAUCCGGCGGACCCCUUGACCAUCAAAUUCAACUCGUUCCUCGUCUCGCUUGGCAGUGAGCUCCCCGAGCGAGACCUGAAACACGCUGCCUACUUCUUCCAGAGCUGCAAAGUGACGGGGCUCAGCGCGCAGGAGGUCCAGUGCCUCCGCGACCCGGCGGGGCUGUUUCAGAUUCUCAAACAGGAGAAGAUAAUUUCUCCGACAGAUCUCGGCGAGAUGAGGCGGGUCAUGGAGGCCAUUGGGCGAAUAGACCUGCGGGACAAGAUCAACGAGUACAUGGACAGUGUGUCAGGCGUGUCAGACGGGAGCGAUCAAAGUGGGGGAGGUGGGAGAGGGGUGCAUGUGGAAGGCGGUGGUGUGUACAGAGAUCGACAGUUUGUCUUGGACUCCAGCAGGGACUCUUUGUCCAGCAACUUUUCGUUCGAUAGCUCGGAAGGGAAGGUAGUGGGCGAUUCACGACCGGUGAACCUCCCCCGACAGCCCCAACAGCAGCAAUCCGGGCGUUUCAAGUCCGGACUCACUGAUUCAGUUCAUGCCCACCCGGUGUCUGAACAGGGGGCGGGGCAGAGCAGUCGGAUGUUGGUGGCCGGGGGGAACACCCACCGCAGGGUGCCCCCUAUAGAGCAACAGGCUGCCUCAGUAGGCCAGCCUGAAGAUGGUGUGGCUCAGUCUGUUGGGGGUACCGUGGGGAAAUUGGUAGGUCUGCAAACCGGUCGCUCCGUGAACCACGCGGUCGACAGCUCUGAGUUGCCACGUCGUACACACACGCAGCAGCUCCAGCGGGAGAGAACCGAGGCAGUGGAGAGAGUACGACAGCUGGAAGACCAACUGGAACACGAGCGACUUCACGCGGAAAACAGCCGGGAAAUUGUGGAGGAAUUGAGGCGGAAGAACGAGGAAGUCAGUGCCUUACGCCAGCAGGUCGAGCUGCUGGACGGACAGCUCCAGAGAGGCGAGGACGCCGAGAUGUACCACAUGAACGCCGUCCCUCCUCACGGGAAAGCCAUCGUCAUCGUAAACGACACCUUUACCCCUAAUUCCGAACUAGUGCUUCGACCACGAGCGGGAGCCAAGAGAGACAUGGACCUCUUCAGGCAAACGUUUGAACACCUCGGUUACUCAGUGGAAGCCUACCCCAAUCUGACCAGUGUUCAAAUGCACCAGGUUAUCGCGAAAGUGUCCGCGGAAAACCACGACGCUCACGACAGCUUCGUUUGCUGCAUAUCGACACACGGUGAUGAGGAGAACGUGUAUGGUGCAGACAGCGUCGGAGUGAAGCGAGUAGAGCUGAUUCAAGCCGUGAAGCAAUCCGCGACACUGCUUGAAAAACCGAAGAUGUUUUUCCUGCAGGCCUGUCGCACUAAACCCAGCUCGACGCCCACUACAGAGAACUUGACUCGCUACCAACCAGACGCUCCCAAACAAGACGCAGACAUCUUCGUUGCAAAUGCGACGACUCCCAACUCUGCCUCCUUCCGCGAUCCCUCGACGGGUUCUUGGUUUGUCAGCACUCUCCACCGGGUGUUCACCAGCCCCGCCCGCCACAACGCCACCCUCUCUGCCCUCAUGCACGAGGUGAACAGAGAAGUGUGCGAUGCCCAUGGAGUCAUCCGCGAGGGAGAUCCACACAGACUGGUUGCUGGGUCUUCAGAGGCCCGGCAGUGUGCCGAGAUUACGUCCAGUUUCAGAUACGGACUCCGCUUCAAGUUUUCCUCACAGUGA